UUACGCUCCACCAGUUUCCUGCAAGUUCCACAGGUUGUGUUUGAUUGACAGUUGCCAGAAGUGACUGUUGACCUGAGAAGACAUGAAGUGUGUGUUGGUUCUGUGUGCCAUGGUGGCACUCUCUGAGUGCUUCCAGACGGUCCCCCUGAUAAAGGGGAAGAGUGCCAGGGAGCGUCUGGAGGAGCAGGGCUUGUGGGAGAUUUACAGGAACAAGUUUCCCUACAACGCAGCCGCCAAGUUUGAACAGCAGUUCUACGGAAACGAGCCCAUGACCAACGACUUUGACCUGUCCUACUAUGGAGUGAUCUCCAUCGGGACUCCUCCCCAGUCCUUCAGUGUCAUCUUCGACUCAGGCUCCUCCAACCUAUGGAUCCCUUCUGUCUACUGCAGCAGUGCAGCUUGUAACAACCACCAGAAGUUCAACCCUAGGUUGAGCAGCACCUACAGGAAUUCUGGCAAGAGUCUCUCCAUCUCCUACGGCACGGGCAGCAUGACAGGUUUCCUGGGUUACGACACCGUCAAGGUGGGAGGGAUCCAGAUCAGUAACCAGAUCUUUGGGCUGAGCCAGAGCGAGGCUCCUUUCAUGGCCCAAAUGAAGGCUGAUGGGAUCCUGGGUCUGGCCUACCCUCGCCUGUCUGCCUCAGGGGCCACGCCCGUCUUUGACAACAUGAUGAGUCAGCACCUCAUCAACCAGGACAUCUUCUCUGUCUACCUGAGCAGGAACUCUGCAGCUGGCAGUGAGGUGACCUUUGGUGGAGUUGACCCCCAGCACUACACUGGACAAAUCACCUGGAUUCCUCUGUCCUCUGAGAUGUACUGGCAGAUCACUGUGGACAGUAUCACCAUCAACGGCCAGGUGGUGGCGUGCCAGGGCGGCUGCCAGGCCAUCGUGGACACCGGCACGUCUCUGAUCGCCGGACCCCAGGCCGACAUCGCCAGCAUGAACAGGGCUGUGGGAGCCACACCCCGGAACGGAGACAAUGUGGUGAACUGUAACUACAUCGGCAGAUUGCCUGAAAUCACCUUCAACAUCCAUGGACACGCCUUCACUCUCCCUGCCUCCGCCUACGUCCGUCAGUCUCAGUACUACGGCUGCCGUACCGGUUUCCAGAGCGGCAACAAUCUCUGGAUCCUGGGAGAUGUCUUCAUCAGAGAGUAUUACACGAUCUUCAGCAGAGCCCAGAACAUGGUGGGCCUGGCCCAGUCCAGAUAAUCAAACGCAGAUAAAUUGUUUGAAGUUUGAACAUGACAAAAAAGCAUUGAGUUUUUUUGUUCUCUAGGAAGAAUAAAGUUGUAGCAUCUUGAAUGAC